AUGGAUGAUAGAGUAAGAUUAAAAGUGUAUUAUCAUGGUCAAAUUUUAUUACAAACAUCAGAAGGAGUGAAAUUUGUGUGUGAAAAUCCGUUAGAUAUUAUUAUUCCAUUCACACUGUCAUUUGAAGAAUUAAAAGGUAUCAUUUGUGAGAAGAUAGAUUCUCAAACAACAAGGAUUGUAUCAUGUAUUCUGUACAGAUAUCCUAUAUCUGUCUUUGGUGGGUUCGUGCAAUUUCAAACGAAAUACGUGACAGACGAAGUGAGCAUGCAAGAAAUAUUUUCAGUGUAUCUCGGAAGUCAGUCGCGAGUAUCAUUUAUCGAACUAUAUAUCGAGUUCGAGCAAUUUACAGCAGACCGAAAUAUUGAAUUGGAAGAUUACAACAGUGAUAGUGAAGAAGAGUUCGAAAGUAACUACGUGGUCGUUGAUCCGGGUGUAGACGAAGAUCAAGCUGACGAGGCUAUGGUGGCAGAUGUGGCGGAUGUGGCAAAUGCACUAGCAAAUCAACAGCCGUUUGCGGAGCCAAAUUUUAUGCGGUCGUUGGAUUUGGAGGCCAUGCAUGCACCAGAGUUUCCUCAAUAUGCAAAUGCACCAGAGCUUCCCCUUCUGCCGGAUGGUGAAUUUACUGUGGGAAUGGAAUUCAGUUCUAGGGAGGCAGUAAUUAAGGCGAUGAAAGAUUAUACAAUCCGCAGAGGUGUAGAUUAUCGGGUGCAUGAGUCAAAACCCACGACAUUCUAUGCUAAAUGCACCCAGUAUGGUGCAAGAUGUGAUUGGCUUAUCAGGGUGAGCAAGAAGUCCAGAAAGUUCUGUUGGGAGAUAAAGAGGUACAAUGGUAGUCACACCUGUACUAGGGCCACCAUUUCUCAAGAUCAUUCGAAGCUGGAUUCCAACACAGUUGCAGAAGCAAUAAAGCCAUUGGUAGAAGUUGACCCGUCUAUAAGGGUGAAAUCAGUGAUUACGGAAGUACAGUCAAUGUUUAACUACACCAUUAGUUAUCGCAAAGCAUGGUUGGCAAAGCAAAAGGAAGUGGAGUCAAUUUUCGGAGGAUGGGAAGCUUCGUACGAAGCCUUGCCGAUAUUCUCACAGGAUGGCAACAACAACAUCGUGCCGAUUGCAUUUGCGAUAGUUGAGGGAGAGACAUCUGAGGCCUGGCACUUUUUUCUUAGUAACUUGCGACAGCAUGUUGUGAGACAUGAUAGUGUGGGCCUUAUAUCCGAUCGACACGAUUCCAUUAGGUCUGCUAUUGAUCGAAGUAACGGAGCUUGGUCUCCUCCCAGAGCUUUUCAUAUGUUUUGCAUCAGACAUAUAGAGUCCAACUUUCUGAGAAAAUUCAAGGCUUCGUAUCUGCAGAAGCUUAUCGUCAACAUAGGUUACUCACGAACAAUUCGCGAGUAUGAGACGCGUUAUCAGCAUUUACAUGAGCGGGGGGAGGCUUAUACCAACUGGUUGGAUCGUAUACCGCGUGAGCAGUAUGCUUUAGCAUUUGAUGGGGGAUAUCGAUGGGGUCAUAUGACAACCAAUCUUGUAGAAUGCAUCAAUUCGGUACUGAAAGGGGCUCGCAAUCUUUCAAUCACUGCACUUGUGAAGGCAACGUUUUACAGGCUUAAUGAAUUGUUCACCCGGAAAAGAGCUGAGGCUGAAGCUAGAAUUAAUGCAGGACAUGUGUUCUCUGAGCUUGUAACCUCCAAACUGCAUGCAAAUCAGCGGGCAGCUGGUAACAUUCAAGUUAGUUGCUUUGACCGACAGAAUGAGGUAUUCGAAGUGCGUGAGUGUCCUAGUGGUGUGGAGUAUGCAGUGGAUCUCCGUCAACAACGGUGUGACUGUGGUGAGUUCCAAGUUGACCGGCUUCCGUGUCGACAUGUGUUUGCUUGUUGUGCAAACCAACGUCUGGAUUGGCAACUGUAUGUACAUGAUGUUUACAAUAUGGACCAGGUUCGACGAGUAUACAGGGCUCGGUUUAAGCCACUUGGGAAUCCAACAACAUGGCCUGUUUAUCAUGGACCUCGAUUCGUUGGUAAUCCAUUCCUUAGACGGGUAUCCAAAGGUCGGCCAAGGAUGACUCGUUUCUUGAAUGAGAUGGACACUCGGAUGUUGCGUCGUCCUAGGAGAUGUAAGCAAUGCGGGGCCGAGGGCCACAACCGUAGUAGAUGUCGUCAACGUGGUGGUGAAAAUAAUCUGGGUGCGAGCACCCAAUAG